CAUAUUACUGAGAGACACCAACGAGCAGAAACUGAAUUCAAAUUUUGAACUGGGAAAAGCAACCGUUAGACUACAAAAUCGAGGUGGCCAGUGGAGCUUGGCGUCAGGAGGAAUUUGGCAAAUUGCAGGCGUGGACGAUUGCUGCCAUUGAAAGCUCGUGUUCUCAUUCACGCAUCAGCUACCCGGGCCAUCAUUCCUCGAGUCAAAACUUGAAAAGACUUGGAAUUUUGAUAGGGCCUCCGUACCAGCUCAUAAUUUUGGGCUGUCGUCAGUCGUCACUCGUCACCGCAUUUACGCCUCUCAAGUCUCAAAUCGACAUCUCGUCCAGCCAAAGCAAGAAAAGAUCGGGGGUGAGUAGCUCGCUGGGGCUAAUGGUUCGCUGUAGCUUUCCAAGUCUCCAAGAUGGAUUUUGUUUGGCUUAAAAUAGCCGACGAUUCCGUCCUCUGUCUCGUUCUACCUUCUUCAAUCUAGUUGCGAGCUGCGGUGUUGUAGCUGCCAAAGAAUGAGCUUGCAGAGCUGUCCAGCCGUCGCCGGGGACGCGACGGCGGAGGAGCUGCUUGAGCGGGCGCGGGGGCUGGUGCCGGCCGCCCUGGCCGCGGCGCGCGCGGCAACCGGCUUCGGCGGGCGGUGGAAGGCCAUCACGGCGAGGCUGGAGAGGGUGCCGCCGUGCAUGUCGGACCUGUCCAGCCACCCCUGCUUCUCCAAGAACUCGCUCUGCCGUGAGCUGCUGCAGUCGGUGGCCGCCACGCUCGCUGAGGCCGCCGAGCUCGGCGCGCGCUGCCUUGAGCCGCCGAGGGCGGGGAAGCUUCAGAUGCAGAGCGACCUCGACGCGCUCGCCGGGAAGCUGGACCUUAACCUCCGGGAUUGUGCGCUCCUUGUCAAGACUGGUGUGCUGUCCGACGCGACGGUUCCGGCGGCCCCGGCGGAGGCCGCGGCGGCUGCUGCCACGCAGAUGGACGUGCGGGAGCUGCUUGCCAGGCUGCAGAUCGGACACGCGGAGGCGAAGCACCGGGCGGUGGAUGGGCUUCUCGAUGCUCUGCGCGAGGACCAGAAUAGCGUGUUGUCGGCGCUCGGCCGUGGCAAUGUGGCCGCACUGGUGCAGCUGCUCACGGCGACAGCUCCCAAGGUCAGGGAGAAGGCGGCCACUGUACUCUGCUUGCUCGCCGAGUCUGGGAGCUGCGAGAGCUUGCUAAUGUCAGAAGGCGCGCUGCCGCCGCUUAUCCGGCUUGCUGAGUCAGGCAGCCUUGUCAGCAGGGAGAAGGCCGUCAUCACGCUGCAGCGGCUGUCCAUGUCACCCGACAUUGCCCGUGCGAUCAUCGGACACAGCGGCGUCCGCCCGCUCAUCGACAUCUGCCUGACCGGGGACUCCAUCUCGCAGUCCGCCGCGGCUGGAGCGCUCAAGAACCUCUCUGCAGUGCCGGAGGUCCGACAGGCGCUGGCCGAGGAAGGCGUCGUGCGCGUCAUGAUCAACCUGCUCGAUUCCGCCGUCGUGCUCGGCUCCAAGGAGUACGCCGCGGAGUGCCUGCAGAACCUCACGUCAAGCAACGACAACCUGCGGCGUGCCGUCGUGUCCGAGGGCGGCCUGCGCAGCCUGCUCGCCUACCUCGACGGCCCGCUGCCGCAGGAAUCCCCCGUGGCCGCGCUCCGCAACCUCGUUACCGCCGUCUCGCCAGACAGCCUCGUGUCGCUGUGCGUGCUCCCGCGCCUCGUCCACGUGCUCCGGGACGGCUCCGUCGGCGCGCAGCAAGCGGCCGCGGCGGCCAUCUGCAAGAUCUCCAGCUCCACCGACAUGAAGCGCCUGGUGGGCGAGCACGGCUGCAUCCCGCUGCUGGUGCGCCUGCUGGAGGCCAAGUCGAACGCGGCGCGCGAAGUCGCCGCGCAGGCGGUGGCGAGCCUGAUGGGCUACCCUCCGAACGCUAGGGACAUCAAGAAGGACGAGAAGAGCGUGCCCAACCUUGUACAACUGCUGGACCCGAGCCCGCAGAACACGGCCAAGAAGUACGCCAUCGCCUGCCUCCUGGCGCUGUCGGCCAGCAAGCGCUGCAAGAAGCUGAUGAUCUCGCACGGCACCAUCGGGUACCUGAAGAAGCUCUCGGAGAAGGACGUCGCGGGCGCCAAGAAGCUGCUCGAGAAGCUGGAGCGCGGCAAGCUGCGCAGCCUCUUUACCAGGAAGUAGUAGGAUCGGCUACUGAAUCAGCUAGCAGUGAAAGCGUCGUUUUUGCCGUAACCUGUAUAAAAUCCCCGUCCUGUUUCAUAGCCUCUACGAAGUGAAGUGCGGCAGUGCAGUGCAGAGAGUACUUGUGUUCAUCUGAAUUGAACAUAUCGCGUUGUGAUUUCAGUGGCUAAUGCGUAUCAGUGUAUGUCAGGCAGUUCAUUAGUUCCUAACUUAGGAUAAAUUCCUGCAGUCCCGUCCUAAUGCUAAUAAAAGUUCUUUUCUUUUUUUGAGAGCGCUAAUAAAA